AUGUUCUUUAAAAUAUCAUUGACAUUUAUUGCAUUGAUAUCUAUCGUAUUCAGUCAAACAGAUGACGAAGAAUCAUUUUUAUUCGUUACAAAGCAAACAUUCAAUCGGUUUAUUGUAGAAAAUAAGGAACUGACUAUUAAAUAUGGUUUAUACAAUUCAGGCCCAACAACAGUUUUUAAUGUCAAUCUAAAUGAUAUGCAUAGUUUUCCAGCAGAUAAAUUUGAACUACUUGUUGGUACACUGAAUCCAAAAUGGGAACGAAUUCAUGCAGGAGUAAAUUUAACUCAUGUUGUUGUUCUUAAACCAAAACAAAGUGGUUUAAGUAAUAUUACAUAUGCUAUUGUAACAUAUCAAAAGAGUGAAAAGAAUACAGAUGUUCAAAGAACUUAUUCAUCUGAAAUUGGUGAUAUUUACAUAAUGACAAGUCGUGAAUAUGAUCGACGAUUUUCAUCACAUAUUAUUGAUUGGAUACUUUUUACAGCCAUGGCAAGUCCAUGUAUUAUUUUUCCAUUUUUUCUUUGGUUUAACAGUAAAAACAAAUAUGAAUUAUUAUUAACUAAAGAUAAAUUAAUAAGAAAAGUGCAAUAG